CCGCCGCAAUCACCGGUGGUGUGGAACCCGACUCGAACCAGCUCAUUGUUUUCUCCGGCGAAGGAGGAAGCGCCUGUGUCUUCACCACCGACUCAUGA